ACGUGCCUCGCUGUCAGAGCAUCCUUCCGUCAUGGCGUCCGUGUGGGCCAAAUCGCUCUUGAACCUGCAGCUUCUGGCUGUUUUCUUCGUCCUGCUGAUAUGUCUGCCACACGGAGGAGGACAAAAGAAGAAAGAGAACCUGCUGUCAGAGAAGGUGGACCAGAUGAUGGAGUGGUCCUCUCGGCGUUCGGUCGUCCGGAUGAACGGGGAUAAGUUCCGUCGUUUUGUCAAGGCCCCACCCAGGAACUACUCUGUCAUCGUCAUGUUCACUGCCCUGCAGCCUCAGAGGCAGUGCUCUGUCUGCAGGCAGGCGAACGAAGAGUACCAGGUCCUGGCAAACUCCUGGCGUUACUCCUCUGCAUUCUCCAACAAGCUUUUCUUCACUGUUGUUGACUAUGAUGAAGGAGCAGAUGUUUUCCAGCAGCUGAACAUGAAUAGCGCGCCAACCUUCAUGCAUUUCCCAGCGAAGGGGAAACCGAAGAGAGCCGAUACGUUUGACCUGCAGAGGAUCGGCUUCGCCUCGGAGCAGCUGGCCAAGUGGAUUGCAGACCGCACAGAUGUCCAGAUCCGCGUCUUCCGUCCACCCAAUUAUUCCGGCACCAUUGCUUUGGCCUUGUUAGUGUCGCUGGUCGGGGGUCUGCUGUAUCUGAGGAGAAACAACCUGGAAUUCAUCUACAACAAGACUGGCUGGGCCAUGGCGGCACUGUGUGUGGUUUUUGCAAUGACGUCCGGCCAAAUGUGGAAUCACAUCAGAGGUCCUCCCUACGCCCACAAGAACCCUCAGAACGGACAAGUGAGUUACAUUCACGGCAGCAGUCAGGCUCAGUUUGUGGCGGAGUCUCACAUCAUCCUUCUUCUGAAUGCCGCGAUCACCAUGGGGAUGGUGCUGCUCAACGAGGCUGCUACCUCCAAGGGAGACGUUGGCAAAAGGAGAAUCAUCUGCCUGGUCGGUCUCGGCCUGGUGGUGUUUUUCUUCAGUUUCCUGCUCUCCAUCUUCAGGUCCAAGUACCACGGAUACCCUUACAGCUUCCUUAUUAAGUGAAAACAGGGCUGAAGAGGUGGUCAGAAUGUGGCGGAGAGGCAGGAGGUGAGGAGAAGAGGAGCUGAACAUACUUGAAGAGGAGCACUUGUCACCGAGUCUGAAGUGCAUGGUGUGGUUUCUUUUAUGUACCUUUUUUUUUUAUCAACUUCUAUCAUCAGAGAGCUUCAAGUGGAA